AUGACCUUCGAGCAAUUUGGCGUCAAGCCUGGACAGCAUAUUCCCGGACAAGUCGUGCACGACUACCUGACCGCAUUCGCCAACAAUUUCAACCUCAUGCCUCGAAUGCGGUUGAACCAAAAAGUACUCUCCGCGGAGCUUCUCAACGACGGCUCAUGGCUCCUGAGACUGGUCUCUACAAAGAGUCAUGGUGAAGGUCCAGUGCCAGAAACACUCGUCGCUAGCAAACUGGUCGUUGCCACUGGUCUUACGUCCGAACCUCAAUGGCCAGUAUUCGAAGGCCGUGAACAUUUCAAGAGAGAGCUCUUUCACGCCAAAGAGUUGAAAGACCGCACCGAUAGCAUAGAGCGAGCCAAAAGCGUAGUGGUAUUGGGCGGGAACAAGUCUGCGUGGGAUACGUGCUUCUUCGCUGCAAAGUGUGGUGCACAUGUCCACAUGGUCAUGAGACCGGGCGGCGGCGGCCCGAGCUGGGUUUGGCCACUUUUCUUCUCGCCCUUCAAAGUCUCCGUCCAGCGAUUGGCCUCGACGCGAUUCUUCACCUGGUUCGACCCAUGCAUCUGGAGCGAAGAGACCGGCUUGAUAAGUUGGAUUCGCGCUGGUCUUCACAACACCUGUGUUGGACGUUGGAUCGUGUCCAAGUUUUGGAACUGCAUCGGGAGCUUCGCCCACAAAGCCCAUCGAUACGACGAUCAUCCCGAGACGCGAAAGCUGAAGCCUUGGGUGAGCCCAUUCUGGAUGGGGAAUUCCCUCAGCAUCCAUAACUACACGUCCUCUUGGUUUGAGCUUGUCCGACAAGGCCGAAUCACUGUGCAUAUUGCAGACGUUGUUCGACUUUCUGAGGGUACGGUACACCUCUCCGAUGGCGAAGACGUAGCUGCCGAUGCCUUCGUCUGCUGUACAGGGUGGAAGACACGGCCUCCAAUUCUCUUCCUGCCCGACGAGGUUGCCGGCAUGAUGUUACCUCGGCAAGGAAGGGAAGAUGAUCAAGAGCUAUCAGAUAGGGCACGAAGGGAUGUCUUUGCCCGCAUCCCGGCCCUGAAAGCCGGACCGAAGCGAACACUACCAGAUGGAACAGUACAAGGUUCAAAGCAUGCCGUCCCCGACAAUACUGGCAGUCCUUAUCGGCUAUAUCGCUUUCUCAUUCCGCUCGAUGAAAGGUCCCUCCAACACCGGAACAUCGCAUUCAUCGGUUCCCACCUUGCGCUCAACGCCACCAUGAUAGCGCAGAUUCAGGCUCUCUGGGUAACUGCAUUUUUCAUGAAUGAGAUUGAUCAUCUGAAGCCCAAAGUGAUUGAUCAAAAGGAAGUAAGGUACUCUGCAUUUCUACACAGCGAAUACGGCCGCAUUAGACACCCGCACAUCGCGGGUGGAGCCGGUGAGAGAUGCCCAGACUUGGCUUUUGACUGUUUGCCAUAUAUGGAUCUCCUUCUCAGCGAUCUCGGGUUGCACCAAUUCAGGAAGUCAAGAGAGACGGGGAUUUGGUCGGAGAUCUUUCAUCGUUAUGGGCCGAGCGACUAUGUCGGACUGGUCCAAGAGUGGCUGUAUUCAAGAGUCAAGACGGCCGGCGGCGAUGGUCGUGGAUGAUAUGUAGCCUAUUUUGUAUCGCCGCACAUUGAUGUACCGCUAGAUAGCCCGAUAAGCAGUC